AUGAGGUCCGCGCGGCUCUGGGCGGCCCUGUGCCUCGUGCUCUCCGCGUCGUGCUCCAGACACGGAUGUUUGUUUGAGAAGAAUCUGUGUGGACGGGAGCAGAUCUGCAGUGACGAUGGUUUGUUUGGUCAGUGCCACAGUCCGGACCAGAUCCCGGUCCAGUACCAGGUCUCAGCCCAGGUCCUGCACCGUCUGCAGCAGGUCCUCAAGGAGCUCAUGGAGCAAGGUCUGACUUGGAGAGACGACAUGACUCAGGCCAUCAUCAGUCAGGAGUUGAGCAGAGUCCCCACAGAGACGACCAAACAGGUCCUGCCUGGUCCUGGGUCCGGACCUGGUCCUGGUCUUGGUCCUGGUUAUGGUCCCGGUCCCGGUCCAGAGGUUCGGUCUCCUCCGUCUCCGGACGAGCAGCUGAUGCAGCAGUUUGUGGAUUAUAUGAUUCUGGAGCCGUCUCAGUCGUCUGUGCACAGCCCCCUGGUCGACCCCUACUCCUUCAAACAGCAGCAGCAGUUCGGGUACCAGGACGAGGAGGAGCGCUCUCUCAACUCUCUGGACCAAAACCCGGUCUUGAGCCGGUCCAAGUCCCAGCCCGGGUCUCUGGACCGGGACCAGCAGCUGCUCCAGGACCUGGUCUCGUAUUACCUGGGCCCCCCGUCGUCCGGCUCGUCUCACCACGCGGGGGCGCUCUCCUCUGGACCCUCCUUCUUCCCGGACUUGGACUUCCCUCUGGAUUAUGGUCACGACUUUGUGUCUCAGACCAAACAGCAGCAGCAAAACAGGAAACCACAAAAACAAACGCUGGCAGCCGUCCACGAGGGUCCGGUGCAGAGUCUGGCAUCUCUGUUGGAUCACAUCUCGGAGUCGGACAGACAGGACCUGCCCUCGUCUCUCAAACAGCUCAGUCUGGACUCGUCCUACCACGGAGCGCUCAAAGGUACAACGCAGUCUACACCAUCUACUGGGUCCUCUGCAUUUGACCCGUCCUUCAGUGAUCUUGGUGUGGUCUUGUUCUCAGAAGGAUCCAUGUCCUAUAAAUCUGGUGUUUCUUCGUCUAAAUCUGGAAAACCUGAGACGGCAGAAACAAACCAGGACCGAGAGACAGACAAAAGUUUAGUGGAGCCUGCGCUGAAAUUCAAACCCAACCCUCACAACACGAGCUCGUCCAAUAAAGCAGCAUCGGGUUUUUUCAUGUUUCAGUGGUGGAGAAAACUUUUGACUGAAUCUGACACACUGCAAAACGACGGAACGGUGCAUGUUGGGAAGGCGUUACCAUUGGCGACGCCGGUGCAGCCGCGGUCGCGCUGGGCCUUCGCCACGCUGGUCGCCAUGGCGAUCGUGGGCAGCGUCCUGGUGGCCGCCAUGACCAUCGCCUGCCUCCGCCACCACGCCCACCGCCUGGCAGCCAAAAAACUGGGCUUAGGGCCUGAGGCGGGCACCUUCACCCACCAGGAGUACCAGGACCUGUGUCGUCAGCACAUGGCGUCCAAAGGAGCGUUCGGUCGUCUGGAGGCGGCGGCUUUGGGCGCAGUGGGCGGAGCCGGCGGAGGAGGAGGCGGGGCCGGCGGAGGAGCAGUAGGCGGGGCUUACGGAGGAGCUGUGGGAGGAGCUUACGGAGGCGCCGUGGGCGGAGCUUAUGGCGGCGCGGCGGGCGGGGCCGACUCCAGAGUGAGCAGCGUCUCGUCUCAGUUCAGUGAAGGAGCUCAGGCCAGUCCCAGCUCCCACAGCAGCACCCCCUCCUGGUGCGAGGAGCCGGCGCAGGCCAACAUGGACAUCAGCACGGGUCACAUGAUCCUGGCUUACAUGGAGGACCACCUGAGGAACAAGGACCGCCUCCUGCAGGAGUGGCAGGCGCUGUGCUCGUACCAGGCUGAGCCCAGCGCCAUGGCAACGGCUCAGAGCGACGCCAACGCCAAGAAGAACCGCUGCCCCGACUCCCUGCCCUACGACCACGCCCGAGUGAAGCUCAAAGCCGAGAUUAACCCUUCACGCUCCGACUACAUCAACGCCAGCCCCAUCAUUGAGCAUGAUCCUCGGAUGCCCGCGUACAUCGCCACCCAGGGCCCCCUGUCCCACACCAUCUCCGACUUCUGGCAGAUGGUUUGGGAGCACGGCUGCACCGUCAUCGUGAUGCUCAGUGCUCUGGUCGAGGACGGAGAGAAACAAUGUGACCGAUACUGGCCCGACGAAGGAUCCUCCCUCUACCACAUCUACGAGGUGAACCUGGUGUCGGAGCACAUCUGGUGUAACGACUUCCUGGUUCGUAGCUUUUACCUGAAGAAUGUUCAGACGCAGGAGACUCGGACGCUGACGCAGUUCCACUUCCUGAGCUGGCCGGCGCAGGGCAUCCCCACCUCCACGCGCCCCCUGCUGGACUUCCGCCGAAAAGUGAAUAAAUGCUACAGAGGACGCUCGUGCCCCAUCAUCGUUCACUGCAGUGAUGGAACAGGACGCACAGGGACCUACAUCCUCAUCGACAUGGUUCUGAACCGCAUGGCCAAAGGUGUGAAGGAAAUCGACAUCGCUGCGACGCUGGAACACGUCCGAGACCAGAGACCCGGGAUGGUCCGCACCAAGGACCAGUUUGAGUUCGCUCUGACGGCCGUCGCUGAGGAGGUGAACGCCAUUUUGAAAGCUCUUCCUCAGUGACCCCCGCGUGACCCCUGCGUGACCCCGGCGUGACCCCCGCGUGACCCCUGCGUGACCCCCG